UCCAGCCGGGGCUGGCCGGGGCAGGGCUCCUCGGGGCGGACUGGGGCAGCGCUCCCGCCCGCCGGGACCGCGGCGGCCGCACCUUGACCGCCGCCGGCGCCACCAAGGGUGGAUCUGUGAAGACGGGGAAGAUGCCAGAAGGGGAGAAGACAGGGCAAUGUAAGCAAGAAGAGGAGCAGGAGCAGAAAGAAGAGGAGCGGGAGGGUCUCAUCGAGUUCUACGGGUCCUACCAGGAGCUCUUCCAGUUCUUCUGCAGCAACACAACCAUCCACGGGGCUAUCCGCCUGGUGUGCUCCAAAAAGAACAAGAUGAAGACAGCCUUCUGGUCUGUUCUCUUCUUUCUCACCUUCGGCUUAAUGUACUGGCAGUUUGGGAUCCUCUACAGGGAGUACUUCAGCUACCCUGUCAACCUCAACCUCAACCUUAACUCCGACAGGCUGACCUUCCCAGCCGUGACGCUGUGCACACUCAAUCCAUACAGGUACAGUGCCAUCCGGAAGAAGCUGGAUGAGCUGGACCAAAUCACCCAUCAGACGCUGCUAGACCUUUAUGACUACAACAUGUCUCUGGCACGAAGCGACUGGUCCAUGCAGUCCACACGGAAGCGUAGCUCAAGGAGCCUGCUCCACCACGUCCAGCGCCAUCCACUGCGAAGGCAGAAGCGGGAUAAUUUAGUCAACCUGCCAGAGAACAGUCCCUCAGUGGACAAGAAUGACUGGAAAAUUGGUUUUGUUCUGUGCAGUGAAAACAACAAGGACUGCUUCCAUCAGGCGUACUCCUCAGGGGUGGACGCUGUGCGGGAAUGGUACAGCUUUCACUAUAUCAAUAUCCUGGCGCAGAUGCCUGAUGCAAAAGCCCUGGAUGAGUCUGACUUUGAGAAUUUCAUCUACGCCUGCCGCUUCAACGAAGCAACAUGUGACAAGGCGAACUACACCCACUUCCACCAUCCCUUGUACGGGAACUGCUACACCUUCAACGACAACAGCAGCAGCCUGUGGACAUCCUCGCUGCCUGGGAUCAGUAACGGUCUCUCUCUGGUGGUGCGCACCGAACAGAAUGAUUUCAUCCCUCUGUUGUCCACGGUGACAGGAGCCAGGGUCAUGGUCCAUGAUCAGAACGAGCCAGCCUUCAUGGAUGAUGGGGGCUUCAACGUGCGCCCAGGUAUUGAGACCUCCAUCAGCAUGAGAAAGGAGAUGACUGUGCGUCUUGGGGGCAGCUACAGUGACUGCACAGAGGAUGGCAGCGACGUGCCAGUGCAAAACCUGUACUCAUCCCGCUACACUGAACAGGUCUGCAUUCGCUCCUGCUUUCAGCUCAACAUGGUGGAGCGCUGUGGCUGUGCCUAUUACUUCUACCCGUUACCUGCCGGAGCAGAGUACUGCGACUACACAAAGCAUGUAGCCUGGGGCUACUGCUAUUACAAACUCCUGGCUGAAUUCAAAGCUGACGUGCUGGGCUGCUUCCACAAAUGCCGGAAACCUUGCAGAAUGACGGAAUACCAGCUGUCAGCUGGAUACUCCCGCUGGCCUUCUGCUGUCUCAGAGGACUGGGUUUUUUACAUGCUUUCCCAACAGAACAAAUACAAUAUCACGUCCAAGAGGAACGGAGUUGCCAAAGUGAAUAUCUUCUUUGAGGAGUGGAACUACAAGACCAACGGGGAGUCUCCAGCCUUCACGGUGGUGACUCUGCUGUCCCAGCUUGGGAACCAGUGGAGUCUCUGGUUUGGAUCUUCUGUCCUGUCUGUGAUGGAGCUUGCAGAGCUGAUUCUGGAUGUCAUUAUCAUCACCUGUAUCUUGGCCGUACGCUGGUUCCGUUCUCGGCAGCAACUUUCUCCACCGGGACCCCCUCCCAACAGCCAGGAUAACACUGCUUUCCAAGACGAGGUGCCAGCUCUCGGUGCUCCUCACCGCUUCACUGUUGAGGCCGUAGUGACCAAGCUGCCAUCCUACAACAGCCUGGAACCACGCGGGCCAAGCAGGGACGGCGAGCUGGGACAUGAGUGAGGCAGUGGCUUGUUUUGCAGUUCAGAGCAGAGGCUGCACGCUUUUUGUCUGUAGGACCUGCAGUUCCUUCUGCUAGGGUGCCCUGUCUGGGCCAGAGCAGAAGACCACACUGUGGUUGCCCUGGGUUUGUUGCUUUCACUGCUGUAGGUGAAUUCUUCAGUCUCAUAAAAACACUAUUGCUCUGGGGGUCACCAGGGGUGAGAGUUGAUCUAGUGUCUGUAUGGGGGAGAUGUCCACUUGGUUUCCUUACACUCCUCAUGCGUGCACACCUACACGUGCAUGCGUGCUUUCUCUUCCAAGCAAUGAGGAUGCUGCCACGGUUCUGGUCUGUCGUUAAUUAGAAGGAUUGGCUGCUGUGACUGGCCACCUCUGUGGUAUGGCGGGACAGGAGCAUAGUCUCAGCUGGGGUACAAGCCUCUCAGCAGGCUGAGCUUUGUUAAGCUUUCCCUAAGGCUGGAAGCUGGUUGCUCUUCCCUAGUUGUUCACGUCCAGCUCUGACCCCAAGACCAAGCCACCCACCUUCUCCCUGCCAAGGAGAGGCUGCUUGCAUUGCCCUGGGCGACGGCACCCACGGGCAGACUCUCAGUCCAUGUUGCGCACAAUACUCCGGGGAUACAGUCGAUACUUGUGCCACACUUGGGUUGGGACAAAACACCUGGCAGAACCGGGGCUGCCUUUUCAAGCUGCCUGUAUGGUGCCAGUACACCUUGGGCGCACAGCAGCCUCCUCCGUGAUACCCUCACAGGGCAUGCCCAGCUAUUUGGUCGUUUGUCAAAAGAUCCGGGAUAAACAACUUUCACUUGCUUGGCCCUCCCUGCUUUCAGGAGGGAAUUUUGGCAGGACUAUGCACACCCUCAAAAACAUCCCAAACUAGCUCUGCUGCCAUGAGAUCCCGCAAAAAGAGGGUCAUAAUAGCACUGGUCAUGCAGCACCUGCUCUGCAGCAUUCACCCUGCUCUGGUCACCCACCAAGGCACUGCUGAUGGCGAAGCGCAGGGGAAACGCUACAGGUUUAAUCCAAAAUCCUUCCGGGGAAAGCUUUAGCCGACUGGAAUGGACCACAUAGGCAAUCAAGGCCAGGACCAGGACAGUCCCCUCAGGAGCUAAUUUGGGGAUCUUUGCAUAGGAGCACACACUUCAUUUCUUGCAGGAAGCUUGCCAUGCUGUUUUAUACAAAUACUCGAGCCUCCCACUGCAGUGGUGUUUGUACAGCGCUUUAUGGGGUAUCAAAGAGCAAGGGUGAUGUCCUGAACAAACAGGAUUAUCCACUUGACAGGACACAAACACGGAUACCAGAAUUGAAGCCUAUAGUUUAGGCAAAGAUCUGUGGUGCCAUGCACCCAAUCACAUCGCAAAGGGCCUCUUUUGAAUUUAAAAACUUUUGUAAAUCAAACAAAAGAAAAGCCUCAGAUAUUUUAAAAAUUCAGGUAGAUGCACUGCCCUUGGGAAGAUGGAGGAUUUUACUGCAGGAUAUAAACUGUUGCCUAAUUCUUCCCUCCGAGAUGCUAAAACACAUCUUGUUGCACUGUUCGUGCCUCGAUUACCUACAUGCAUUUUCCGCUUCCCAGCGGAGAGUGAUUUUCUUCCUCCUUGCAGACAUGAACACUAUAUUCUUUAUUACCCAAAUAUUUAUGUUUUUUCAGAUUUUAUCCCAGUGCUCGGCUGAUGCCCCUUGUUUGGAACUGAAGAUGAUGCCUCUCUGCUGGCAGUAGAAGGGAGCGAUGGUGCGGGUUUGUGGGGGGUCCUGGGGCAGCCCAGCAGGAGGGAGAGCCCUGCAACCACCAGCACUGAGAGGUGUGGAGGCAUGUGUUCCCCCUGGCAGGCCCCCACUGGAAAAAAUAAAUAAUCAGGACUCCUACAAAUAUGAAAAUAAAAAAAAUCCACUUUCUGUGCUUAUGGGUGAUUUUAAAUGAAGUAAAAGAGAGUGAGUAACCAAAGAAUGAAAUCUUAAAGUUGCCUUAAUGAAGGGGCUUUGAUAUUCUGUAAAAAUACUGCCCAAGAGGCAGAGUUAAAAGCUAGAUUUAAAAAGUAGCCUUGGUCCAAAUUAAGAAAAAGGAAGGCAAAGGGAAGAGUUGGGAAGCGGCAGCCCCAGCCCCGUUCUUGGUCCUGACUCCAGCGCUGCAGGUGCCACCUCAGUGGUUUCUAGCACAUGAACGAGCAAAAAACUGACACUGGGCACACAAAAGCUGCUUCACAAAACCACCUCUGAGUCAGGAAAGAGCAGGUGCAAUGCUUAAACCAGCCUCUGUAGAUCAUAAACAUACGAUGAUUCAUACCGUGAGCGUGAUCUUUCCUGAAUAACAAGACGCAAUUCUUCACAUCACGUGGGACCGUGUGAUAACCAUAAAAUUGAUGUGACCCACUGCAUCACACAUCGUUAAGUGGGUAAUUAAAGGAAGAUUAAUCAGAGGCACAGCUACUUAAAACAUUAAAUUCUCUUCAACAUCAUAAAGAAAUAGCUGUAGAAGGCGAUGUAUUCUCUUGGGGAAGCUUGCACCGUAUCAUCCCGCUCUUCUGUAAAAGCAUUAAAAUGCAAAAAGAUGAGCUUUGACUGACAAACUCGGAAACAGCCCCACUCCGGGUAGCUGUAAAUCCAGAGUUAACAGCCCCUACAAACACAAAGCUGUUACCCAAAGCUGGUAAAUGGAUUAGCCCUGCCUGUCCUAAGGAUCUGUGCAAAAAUUACCAUCGUGGGAGAAAUGAGGUGACCUCCCAGGAGCAUCCUGACACCUCUCGUAGGCUGAGACCAGUUCUCAGGGGUGCACGGUGAGCUCAGUCUAGCUGGAAACAGGAGGCAAGUCCAGCGGUCUGCGGCGAACAUCAGAACCUGAGCAUCCCCAUGCUUGCUGUGCAUGUAUAUACAUUGAUGUACGUACAGUAUUAUAUUGAACUCCAUUUAUUUUCAUCUUUCUAUACCUUAAUUCUACAUCUACCAAAUAGAAGUAAUAGUAUCUUUUAUAGAAAUACUAGUAUCUUUUAACCUCAAGUGCACCUCUAGUGCUGCAAAGAUAAAUUCAUUAUUGGCUAUGAAGCCCCCAGAUACUUAGAUGAUAUGUAUACUGAAAAACCCUAUAAGGAAAAUAACAACUCAGUAUUCACCUCAGGAUGUAAGUAUUGUGAUAAAAAUGAAAUGAACAGGAUAAUGAGGAUUAAAAGAAAUCGAGAAUGGCUCCUAUCUGGCCUAUACACUUCACCAGAGCAUUCACGUUCCUUGAAAAUAUUUUUCUGCUGUAACAUGAUAUAUAACUGUAACACUUUUGACUCCAGCAUAUGGAUGCAAACUUUUCUGAGAUUUUUUUGUUAAGAUUUUUUUUCUUUUAAACGGAGUGUUUCACUGAGAAUGUGAACCACUACAGAAAAGGGAAGAACGUGUGCGUUCAGAGGGCUCUGUAGGUCAGCAGAAGGCAAAGCGCAGGUCUGGGCAGGGGUGAGAGCCGAGGGGCGUACGUCCUCCAGAGUCACAGGCACACGAAGGGGCACAGCAAACCUGCAAGGAGCAACUGCAGGUUGCAGGACACCGGAGAAAAGCAGGUUGUGUCCUUUUCGACUGGGAGCAUCUGCCGUGCAGGGGGAAGGUGGAGAUGCAGGAAUACAAGUGCUCUCAGGGAAAAGGGAAGUGCAGGAGGAAAAUCAUUUUGUGGUGAAGCUGGAGCAUUAAAGGGGCUUGUUUUGGGGGACUAAGCAGCACAGAAGCGGGUAGGUUCUACAUGCCUAAGGAACAGAAGGAAGAUGAGAAAAGGGAAGGUUUCUAUGGUGGGGAAAUUACAGAGGAAGAAGAGGGAUGAGUUUUUAGGAGCUUAAAGAGGAUUUGUGGAAGCGUCUGGUACUGCUGAAAUACAAGACGAGAGGCGAGCGCUUCUGGGAUGGGGAACAACGUGCAGAGAUGGGGUGUGAGGGGCCCCAGGGUCUGUGGGGCCACGGUGGUGGCACAUGUCUCUGAGUAGGGAUAAGAGCACUGGGAAGUCCUACGCCAGCAGAGAAAGGGGUACGGACAGUCCCGGAAACGCAGGGACACCGACAUUUGAGGGGUCAGGUGAAUUUGGAGGGUCUAAGAACCUCCAAGGAAACGUGGAGUGGGAUUGGGGGAAUGGAAAGAAGUACUGGAAGAAAAGAAAGAAUGGCCAGCCCCUCCAGGGAGGAGGGAAGCUGAGCACAGGAGUGAGAAGGCAGGGACCACGAGGACAGGGAGCCAUGGGCAGGCACACCCUGCCGGCUGCCGAAAGCUCGCUCCUUCAGAGCUUAACAGCCACCAUUUGACAGAUACUAAACCAAUUUUUCCCUCCUAAGAAUUAGGAUAAUGAGGAAAUGCAUGGAAGAUGUAAGUGUCUAGAGAAGCUAGACAAAUGAUAAAACCAUCACUUCAGAAAAUAAGCAAUACAUUUAGAAGAAGAAACUGCUCGCUGGAGGGCUUGGAGAAGCCAGGCAGAUGGGUGCAAGGUUUGUCUGCACGGACCAAGCCCAAGGAAAGGGUUACGAGGCUUUUGGGACAGGGUCAGGGAAAUCUAAGGGGUGGAGAUGUGCUGCAUCAAGAAAUGAGAAGGGCAGCAGUGCCCUUGGAAGGAGGGGAACCACAGAGAUCAGGGUGGCCAUUUCCCUCUGGCAGUUCUGUACACUUACCAGCGGGCAGUAUUUGAAGGUGAGCACAAGAGGGGAAAGCACCUUCAGCUCCCAAGUACAUGCUUAAAGGUGAUGGACUAAAAAAAAAAGCUGGAGCUUAUGGCAAAUUUAUUUUAAAAAAAAAAUAAGAAAAAAAAGUACAAGUUCUCUUCCAAAAAGCAGCCUGGCAGAAGAGAACACGAAAAGAGUCAUUUUGGCCUCUGCAAGGGUCAUUUAGUGGGUCUGUGCAGCGAAGAAAGGGGUGUUAAGGGGCUGUUCAUCCUGGAAACCCUGGGGAGCAGAUAAGGGUGUUCUAAGUAUCUCCAGCAAAAGCUAGGUCAGAGGUCACCUGAAGGCUGAAGCACACCUUUAUUCUGGCCUGUAAGCAGGGCAAGUUUUGUGAAGGGAUCCAGUUCUCCCAAGAGGAAGCACUGUAAGCAACGUGGAAGAAACUGGGCUGUACUCACGUAUCCAACAAGCACAGCUCAGCUGCCUGUUUUGUAAAACCUGUAUCUUUUUCUGUUGCAUCUCUCAGAGAGUAAUUAUUUGCUUAGAGCUCAGAAGAAAGAUAAAUCCUCUGUACUUCCCCAUCACUGCCUCUCUACACCAAGUUAAGGCUCCCAGCCCCAGCAGAUCCAUCCCAGCACGGAGCCAUCACUUCAGAGGGAAGCUGGGUCCAUUGAACUAGCACUGAUGCCGUGUCCCUGUGCCGCAGGCAAACCUUUCCUCUUCACCCCCACCACUCAGCUACCCUUCUGCUGAAACAAGGCGACACCAUGCCCCGCUGGUGAGAGCGGAGCUCACGGCAUCCUCCGAUCAGGUUUAAGACCUGUCCAUUUAAGAACAGUAUAGCUGAGGCUUUUCUCCCACCAAAACUGAAGGCAUCAGGAUGAAGCAGAUCCUCUGGGCGCUGCACGUCUAAAGACAGAGCUUGAAUUCCUAAGGAGAGGUAUGAAGAACUGCUCUGCCACAGUCUUGGUCUUGCUCUUAGUGUGCACAUUUAAAUCCAGGUUUUGUCCAGGGUAGAAGACUCCGCAGGGGCAGCAGAGAUGCCGGUGCUUUAAAGGAUGGCACCUCAGAAGGCAAGACCCCAGCAGAGCACGGUAAACGCCUACUGGAGGAUCUGUAGCUAGACAGGCAACUCUCCGCAAACAGACCCAGGAGCUGGUUGCAGCCCUGGGGCAACUGCCAGCAGCAUGGCCGGCCCAGCCCAGCCCCCUGCCCAGCGCUGGAAAGCCAGCACCAAGCCCCUAGGUCUGGCUCGGGACAGCAGCGAGCUGGAGUCAGCAGGCUGGGAACGCGUCUGUGCAAGGAAGGGCUCUCCCUGCCCCUACACGGACAAGGCUGAGAGCCAACAGGACGUAACCUGGCAGGAACUGCAGCCCAGCAAGUUCAUUCUGGUCACGCAGGCCUGAGCCGCGCUGCAGUUCAGGCUAUACGUGCCCACUGAUCUGCCAGCCACACGGCCACCCGCCGCCCCAGGGAGGCUUCCAUCCUUCAGAGAACGAGCCUUGCCGCGCCGCUCGAUCCUCCGCUGCCCGUGCUGCCCACUGCCCCGGUGCGGCUUACGGCCGGGCAAAAAGCAGAACCACAAGCCCCAGCGAGUACUUUUACAGCCUGAGGUUUGUAAGAGCAGGGGCAGAUAAAGGCACAAGCACCUCGUUUUAAAAGAAGUGCACUGGACAAAGCUCUGUCAUUUCUUUUUGAUGAGCUCCAAGCGUACAGCGAUGCAAAACGAGCGGGCGCUUACCUUCACUCCAGCCAUGCGCCAGGACACGCUGCAAGCAGCGCCCUACCCUCGGAGGUCUCCACUUGGAUCCUGAACGCUUACCCGACAGCAAUGGAGAAUUGUUUUCUGGGUUUAAGGCUAGGUUAUCGAAAACCAAAGGCAGCACAGCCUGAGGAACCAGAGCUACCAGUAACACUCCCACUGGGGAGACCACCUCCCCGUUCAGCACACGGAGGGUCAACACCUGGUAGCUGGCAGCGGAGCUGCUCGGGCACCCAGUCCCCCAGAGCUGCUGUUCAUACAACGCGCUACAGACUUACCAGAGUCAGCCCAGCACACUGUUCCAGUGCAACUGGAACCACCACUGGUACAAUGGACACCCAGCCCCUGCUGAGGGCCAGAGCUUCAGGUGGGUGUAACAGUAUGGAAGCGACAAAAGAGAAUAACCAUGUACCAAAGAGUUUGGCAUCCCCCACCC